AGACUGAAAAAGGGUCCUGGUAUUUUCUUAAAGCGGUUCUCCAUUCAAAUGCGAAACUCAAUUUCAAAAUCUUAGCUCUCUCUCACACACACACAGCUGCACACAAAAAUUGCGAAAAGCCUCUUUCUUCUUCUCUCCAAUAUCUCUUCAUCUUCCCCUCUUUUCAUCUUCUCAUUCUGUUUCUUACUCUUGUUGACUAUCAAGUCGCCGAUCUUUGACUCCGAUUGAUAUGGAGAAUCUCAUAGCAUUAGUUAACAGAUUACAGAGAGCUUGUACUGCACUUGGAGAUCAUGGCGAAGAGAGUUCGUUGCCUACUCUUUGGGACGCUUUGCCUACUAUCGCUGUUGUCGGUGGACAGAGUUCUGGGAAAUCUUCGGUGCUUGAGAGCAUUGUUGGAAAAGACUUUUUGCCUCGUGGAUCAGGAAUUGUCACCCGCCGCCCCCUUGUCCUACAGCUUCAUCGGAUUGAAGAAGGUAGAGAAUAUGCAGAAUUUGGACACCUACCACGGAAGAGGUUUACUGAUUUUGCUGCUGUGAGGAAAGAGAUUGCUGAUGAGACUGAUCGAGAAACUGGCCGCAGCAAACAGAUUUCUAGUGUGCCAAUUUAUCUCAGUAUAUAUUCUCCAAAUGUUGUUAACUUGACUCUGAUCGAUCUUCCUGGACUUACAAAAGUAGCAGUUGAGGGACAGCCUGACAGCAUUGUACUAGACAUUGAAAACAUGGUUCGGUCUUAUAUUGAGAAGCCCAAUUGUAUUAUUCUUGCAAUUUCCCCUGCGAAUCAAGAUCUCGCAACAUCGGAUGCAAUCAAGAUUUCUCGUGAAGUAGACCCUAAAGGAGAAAGGACAUUUGGAGUUCUGACUAAGAUUGAUCUCAUGGAUAAGGGUACCGAUGCUGUUGAUAUGUUGGAAGGAAAAUCAUAUAAGCUACAGUUUCCAUGGAUUGGUGUUGUCAAUCGUUCACAAGCUGAUAUCAACAAAAAUGUGGAUAUGAUUGCUGCUAGGCGUAGGGAGAGAGAGUACUUUUCUAGUACCCCUGAGUACCGGCAUCUUGCUAACAGGAUGGGUUCAGAACAUCUUGGGAAAGUUCUGUCGAAACAUUUGGAGUCUGUUAUCAAGUCUCGGAUUCCAGGUCUCCAGUCUCUAAUCAACAAAACUAUAAUUGAGCUAGAAACUGAGUUGAGCCGUCUUGGAAAGCCCAUUGCCACGGAUGCGGGAGGAAAAUUGUACAUGAUAAUGGAAAUCUGUCGUAGUUUUGAUGGAAAUUUCAAAGAACAUCUUGAUGGAGUUCGACCAGGAGGUGAUAAAAUAUAUUAUGUCUUUGAUAAUCAGCUCCCAGCUGCAUUGAAAAGACUGCAAUUUGACAAGCAACUUUCAAUGGACAAUGUAAGGAAACUUAUAACUGAAGCGGAUGGAUAUCAACCACAUUUGAUAGCUCCUGAACAAGGAUAUCGUCGUCUCAUUGAAUCUUCCAUAGUUUCUAUGAAGGGUCCUGCUGAAGCAGCUGUUGAUGCGGUUCAUACUAUACUGAAGGAACUGAUUCACAAGGCAAUCAGUGAGACUGCGGAGCUAAAGCAGUACCCCUCCCUACGAGUAGAGGUCAGCAAUGCAGCUGUUGAAUCACUAGAAAGGAUGAGGGAUGAAAGCAAAAAAGCAACUCUUCAGCUGGUUGAAAUGGAGUGUAGUUACCUGACCGUAGAUUUCUUCCGAAAGCUUCCUCAAGAUAUUGAGAAGGGAGGGAAUCCGACACAUUCUAUUUUUGACCGCUAUAAUGAUUCCUAUCUUCGAAGGAUAGGAUCAAAUGUCUUGUCUUAUGUCAAUAUGGUUUGUGCAACUUUGAGGAAUUCAAUUCCGAAGUCUGUAGUUUAUGGUCAAGUGCGGGAGGCCAAACGCAGCUUGCUUGAUCAUUUCUUCACUGAUUUAGGCAAGAAGGAGGGGAAACAACUGGGUACUUUGUUGGAUGAGGAUCCAGCAAUUAUGCAGCGUCGCCUCUCUCUGGCAAAGAGACUUGAGUUAUACAGAGCUGCUCAAGCUGAGAUUGAUUCAGUAGCAUGGUCUAAGUAAACAGAACUACACAAGCUUCCAAUUUUUCAUCACUUCUCGUUCACCACGAUUUGCGUAUAGAGAUAGGUGACCAGUGAUUCUUUGCCUCGAUAUGUAUUUCUUCUUGUUGUAGUUAUAAGUAGUGAUUAGGUUAAAACUGCUGAUUGCGUUGCUAGUCUUUCGACAGUACUAAAAGCCAAGUGUAUGGAGUUGAUAUUGCUAUUACAUAGAAAACCUCUUUGCUUGUAGAGUAUAUAUUGAAUGUGAUGUCUUGCCAUUUCAUACACAUUUUGGCAGGAUCAAUGCGUCUUAUAAUAUAGUGACAGAAUUAGCAAGUCA